UUCGAAUCCGAGUGUUACUUCCAGCACCACACUUCCAAAUUUAUUUGUUCUGGUUUCUCUUCAUUUCAUCUCUCCUAAAACCCUGAAAAUCUUUUUCUCCCCCAAAAUCCCGAAACCCUAUAUAAUUGUGGUUUUUUAAGAAAAAUUAUGAUUGUGAUUAUCAGUACUGAAAUUCCUUUAUUGAGGAAUCUGCUAAUUUAGGGAGAACUCGGAAAAUAAGCGGCAAUGUCGGAAUUUGAAAAUUUGACUACAAAGAAAGUUGCUAAUCGUUACUUAAAGCGUGAAGUUCUUGGUGAAGGUACUUAUGGUGUCGUCUACAAGGCCAUCGAUACCCAGACCAAUAGUACUGUCGCAAUUAAGAAAAUCCGCCUGGGAAAGCAGAAGGAAGGUGUCAAUUUUACUGCCUUGAGAGAAAUUAAGUUGUUGAAAGAACUUGAUGAUCCAAACAUAAUAAAAUUGACGGAUGCCUUUCCCCAUAAGGAUAAUUUGCAUCUGGUAUUUGAGUUUAUGGAGAGCGAUCUUGAGGCUGUCAUUCGGGAUCGAAAUAUUGUUCUAUCUCCUGCUGACAUUAAAUCUUAUCUACAAAUGACCCUGAAAGCACUUGCUUUUUGUCACAAGAAAUGGGUCUUGCACAGAGAUAUGAAGCCCAACAAUUUGUUGCUUGCAUCUGAUGGACAGCUUAAACUUGGGGAUUUUGGUUUAGCACGCAUUUUUGGGAGUCCAGAUCGCAGGUUUACGCAUCAAGUUUUUGCUAGGUGGUACAGAGCGCCUGAGCUUCUAUUUGGAUCUAAACAAUAUGGUCCUGCAGUGGAUAUCUGGGGUGCUGCAUGUGUGUUUGCAGAACUUCUGUUGAGAAGACCAUUUUUACAGGGUUCAAGUGACAUGGAUCAAUUAGGCAAAAUCUUUGCGGCCUUUGGGACCCCAAAGACUGCUCAAUGGCCUGAUAUAAUCUAUCUUCCUGAUUAUGUGGAAUAUCAAUACGUGCCAGCACCUCCUCUCCGCACAUUGUUUCCAAUGGCUAGUGAUGAUGCUUUGGAUUUGUUAUCUAAGAUGUUUGCAUAUGAUCCAAAACUUCGGAUUACAGCACAGCAGGCUUUGGAGCACAGAUACUUCGCAUCACCACCUGCACCGACUAUUCCAUCUUUACUUCCGCAACCUGGACGUAAAGGUGAGAGCAACUCAAUGGUUCCCGAAAGUAAUCCAAAUGAUGGGCCCACAGUGUUAUCUCCACCUAGAAAGGUGAGAAGAGUAAUGCCUAAUAGAACAGAUGGGUUUGAAGAAAAUGUUCACAACGCAAAGUUUGAUGAUCAUGUCGGUGAGAGUGGACUAACAGCUGGAGCAAGCUCCAGAGGUACUGAUUGCAUGCCAAUGUCAAUGGACUUUUCCAGCUUUGGAUCCCGACCAACUAUUAGCAGUGCUGACAGAACACAUCUAAAGCGCAAACUAGAUCUUGAAUUCCAGACGCCUGAUAAAGCUUAAAACUUGCACUAUUAAUUUGUGUAAUUUCAGAACGUUGGGGAGAGCUUUUGUUCAGGGUUUAAUGAUGGUGGUGAAAGAUUUAUUGCUGUUUGAGAGGGUUUGUAGGUGGUGUAGGCGCGUAGCUAUUAAUUGAACUUCAUUUCCAGCUUGACGAACUAGCACUGCCAAGAAAACCGUUGCAGGAACAAUUAAUUUGAUACUUUGUAAUUUCUGUUCUUUUGAUAGGGAGAGUGUAAGGUAAUGCAAUGCCAAAUCUAGUGCAUUAUCGUGAUGGGUGAGGGUGAAGAUCGAGUGUAGAGUCAUACUUUGUUUUACGAGAGUUACCAACUACUCCAAAUGUCUGAGUGUUUAUCAAUUGUUUGUACACAAACUUGUACGAUGUGUAUUGUUCAAUGUAAGUGACCAAACCCCAAAAUUACCCUAACGUUUUUUGGAAUUUUGAAAGACAUGAAGCACUUUCUUCUUCUGUUGACGUUUUAUGUUUGAUGAUUCUUCUUUCGCUCGUGUCUUCAUUUCCUGUGU